GAUAUGCACAGGAAAUGAAGACGUUGCCUGGCAUGCUUGGAAUUGGGAAAUUGUGUGGGGUGUUCUUCCUGAUCCCACAUCUGGGCAUCUGGAGUAUCAACGGGGAAAAAUCAUGUAACGAACAACUGUAUGUAAAGAGAUAUUCCAUAUACACUGUCUCAGCAGGGAAUUCAUUUGAUCUGAAAUGCCCUGUGAAAUACUGUACUAACAGACCUAAUGUGAUCUGGUGCAAGCUCGAAGGAAAAAGCUGUUUAUCUCUUGGGUAUAAACUUCAGGGAUACACAAGCUGGAAUGAAAAUGAGAAUAUUUCAGUUUUUAUUCUGCAUUUUAAUCACAUGCUGCCUGGUGACACCGGGUCAUACCGCUGUUCUGCAAAUUUUUCAUCUGGACUUGUUGAAAGCCACUCAGUAACCAUUAAUGUGACAGAUACAACCAGUGCCUCAGGACCACCCUCCACAGAAAUGACGGAUGAUAGACAAUGGAUGCUUUAUAGUUUGCUUCCUUUGGGGGCAUUGCUUCUGCUCAUUACCUGUUUCUACCUAUUCUGCUGCCUUAGAAGGCACCAAGCAGAACAAAAGAAGCCUUCUGAUACAGCAGGAAGGGAAAUUAACCUGGUUGAUAUUCCCCAGCCCUUUAGGAGUGAGCAAUCAGAAACUUGUACUUAUGAUAAUGACCCCUGGUUCAAGGUCCAGGAAGAGUCUGAAGUUUAUUCUAACCCAUGUCUGGAGGAAAACAAACAGAGCAUUGUUUAUGCCUCCCUGAACCAUUCUGUCACUGGAAUAAACCCAAGACAAGCAAGGAAUGUGAAAGAAGCACCUACAGAAUAUGCAGCCAUAUGUGUGAGGAAUUAA